AUGGUGGAGGAACUGAUGAGGAUUGUUGCUGAUUCUGUUCCAUGCACAGGUACAAUCGAUGGAUGGAGAUGGACGGCGACAACGGACGGAUUAUUCACAAUCAAGUCGGCAUACGAUCUCCUUGCGGUGACCAAAGGAGAGCAACAAUUCCAACCUCUGGAGUUGGCCAAAGUUUGGGAUGCACCGACGUCGCAUAAAGCCAAGGUGAUUGCUUGGAGAUGCCUGAGGAAUAGAUUGGCAACAUGCGAUAAUUUGCUUAGAAGAAACAUUCAAAUCGGCAUCGAGGAGAGAUGGUGUAACGCUCGUGUGUCGCGUGAGGAGACGGCGGAACACCUGUUCUUACACUGUCCGAAAGCAGAGGCGGUUUGGAACCAGAUACAACAAUGGCUCAACAUCAAAACGGCAAGGCCUAGAGGUAUUCUCCAACACUUUAUAUCUUUCAUCUCUGAAGGAAAAAAGAAGAAAAGUAGGAGAUUGCUUUUAGCGCUAUGGGUGGACACUAUCUGGUGGCUUUGGAAAAGCAGAAACGAAAGCCGAUUUCAGAAUAAGGUUUGGGAUAUUGAUAGAAUGGUUAUGCAAAUUAAGGGGAGUCUUUGGAGUUGGAAUGAGGUGUUCAAAAUUGUUGAGUUGAGAAUUCCUUUUACCUCUUGA